AUAAUAAUGUAUUACCCACAAACUAUAUGACCAUUGCAUGCCUCAGAAUCAUAUUAUUAUAUCAUACCAAAUAUUACUAUAUAAGGCUUUUGGAAAACAAUAUUUUUACCAAGAGCAGUUGGUAGUGGUUAACAGCAGCAACAACUCCCUCAGAAAAGUAAAGGAAAAAAAAAACAUAAAAAGGUGUUCAGCAAUGCAAUCUGAUCAGAUUGUCGGGGCUUCUUCUGUAAACACUCCGUGUUCUUCGGCACGAUUCGGCGACCAAUACUUCGGGCAAGCUAUGGACUUUAAUGGGCCAAGUGGUUUUUCAAAGUAUAAUAAUUCUGCGACGCAACAAAGACUCCAAUUUUACAAUCCCUCGGCCGAUUUUUCUACGGGUAGCAAGCGCAGUAAUGAUAAAAAUUUCAAAGGAAAGAAACGAAAAGGCGCCGUCGAUGGUGUUUCUAUAUAUUCCGAAACGCCGCAGGAUAGGAUUCAACAAAUGGAGGUUAAGAUGGAGUCUCUGAGCAACGCUGUCGAAAAAGAUGAGAUAAAAUUACACAGUGGAAAUCAAGCUAAAGAGAGUACUUUCGACGGCGAUGCUUCUAAAGAUGAUUACAUUCAUGUUAGGGCAAAGCGCGGCCAAGCGACCAAUAGCCACAGCCUCGCGGAAAGAGUGAGAAGGGAAAAGAUUAGCGAAAGAAUGAGGCUGCUUCAAGAUCUUGUUCCAGGUUGCAGUAAGAUUACUGGCAAAGCGAUGAUGCUUGAUGAGAUUAUCAAUUAUGUGCAGUCGUUGCAACGACAAGUCGAGUUCCUAUCGAUGAAGCUCGCGGCUGUGAAUCCAGAGAUGAGUUUUAAUCUCGAGCAGAUUCUGACUAAAGAUAUUCUUCAAUCACGAGAUAUGCGCCCGGCUCUUCUUGGAUCUGGUUUGGGAUUAAGCAAUGUUCAGAGUAGUUUUCACGGGUCGUCGCCAAAUGGAAUCGUGCUUCCGGAAAUGUUGUUCGGUAUCCAAAAUCCGGGGAACACUCCUGCGACAUCCAUUCCCCAGUUCCCCACCAUCUCUCAAAUACCCGGACUGUGGGACGACGAACUUCAAAACAUCAUACAUAUGGGUUUCAUACCGAGCGCGGUGACCGGCGGAACAGAGAACAGCAAUGUAUCAGGUUCCAUGAAGGUGGUGGAAUAGCAAAAGCACUUGCAAUUUCCCUCUAAUUGAUAUGCUGUAUAUCUCGGCGGAUUCUCCGACAAGUGUUGUACAGUUUCAUAGCCCUAACCAUUGAUCUCUCUUUUUGUUCUCUUUUUCAUAUCUCAUAUAAAAGAUGCAGUACACUGAGGAUCACUGGGUGGGUUAGAUUGGAUUGGAGUUGAUGUUUGAAUCUUUGAUUGGUGUUGUAUUAUUUCUUGUAUUUGGAGAACUUGGGAAAAAAUUAUUGGUCUCUAGGGAGUUAUCAGUUAUGUUUAGCAAAAGGUUGUAAUACUUUCUCAAUGAAUUACAUGAUAACUUAUUGGUGAUGCUCA